UGCCAUUUGUGUUAGAGAUGUGUGUGUGUGUGUGUGUGUGUGUGUGUGUGUGUGUGUGUGUGUGUGUGUGUGUGUGUGUGUGUGUGUGUGUGCCAACUACGAGUCUGCUGGGCAGCCGGGUCAACAGACAGACCAGUCACCAUAGCAACAGUGCCACACUUGGGCCCUCUGUGCCAAGUUGUAAAUAUGAAAGUCAUAUACAAAUAUGAAAGUCUGGCUGUCUGGGGGCAGAAAAGUUUCAGAAUGACAACAUGUUGAUACACAGGAGGAGUUAGUCUCAUGUAUCAUUAACCUCAUGUUUUCCCCCAGUGGGCUAUUUGUAAUAUACUUUUAUGUGAACCACCUAAUAGCAGAAUUGCUAUCUAGCUAGGAGUAUUAAACACUUACCGUACCACUGCAACAUUUAGUUGGGUUAAAGGAGCACGUACACUAUAACUGGUGCACAGGAAAUGGACAGCAAUCUCACCUACCUCUCUGCUAGUUUUCCCCGAAAAGAAGCCAACACGCACUUACUAUUUAAAAUGUCAAAAGGAAACUCGCUUGUGGUUUCUCUUCACUUUAUAAUACAGGGAGAUGGUCUCAGCUGCUGUUCAAAUGUUGUGGUUUGUACAGCUAUUCUUCAGUCACUGUUCAAACUCUGGAGCGCUAUUGUAAGCAUUCCUCUUCAGGCCUGUUACCAACCAGUAAUCAAGCUACAGGCUAGCCGUGACUACCAGCUGCAAAUUUUGUUACUGAUAGCAAUGCGAAUUCCAAUUCAUAUCAGCAAAUCUGUUACACAUUAUUUCCAAAAUGUUCCCAGGUUUUGUGUUGGGAACACUUAUUUUAAACCAAACAUCUGUAAAUUAAAGCUGCACUUCACUAUCACAUCAGUAUAUUAAUAUCAACAAUAGAUCAAAUGACUAUUUGUAGUCUAGAAGAAUCAUCUGGAGUGGCAAACUCACAAAUCAUCUGCUCUGCAGCUCCCCUCAGCGCCACAGAACAUCAGUUUCACCUCGCUGUUUGUUUUUUUUGUCAGCCCACAACUUUCAUUCUGACUGCUCUCAUCAACCUAGUUCCAGCAGUAUGUAGUAUGUACAAUGUGUAAUAUAGAAGCAUGUGUGUUUUCAGGGAAAAAGCUCUAAUAAACCCUACUGUACUCUACCUGCCGACCAGCACCAAACAGGAGACACACUAGUUGACUUGAGAUAGUGGAGUAUUUAGUGAGCCAGAUGUUUCCCAAAGACCAAAAUAGAGCAAAAAUAUGAAUGAAUGUUGGACGUAGAUUCAUUAGGUAGACAGAGACAUAACUCCAAAUGAAUACUAAUGUUGCUCCAUGUCUGCUAGAUGUUUAAACAAGCAACUGUUUGCUAAUUUGCUCAUCAACUUUAUAAGCUAAUUUUACCAUAUUAAUCCCAAACUCACCAUAUGACUUAAUUUCCUAUCCACACAAAACCUGAUUAUAAUAAUUAAUAAGUGUUGUGAGUAAUUGUGUGGAAUGCAGGCAUGUUACAUUAAUAUCUACAGUGGGUGUGGAUAAAGUCUAUUGAACAAUACAUUAUGCAAAUGAUGCAAAAAGAGUCAACACAUGUUGUUACUAUUGCAAUUACAGUAGUCAGUUAUAGUCAUUGUUAUAUAGACCACCCAAGGGUAGUUGCUCCAGCACAGCUUGUUAUGCUGGUUAAAUUACUUUGGGGACUAAAGCAAUACUACUUUGUGGUCUGUUUAACCAUAAACAUCUCUCAUGUGAAUCCAUGCUAAUGCACAUCUUCUUCACAGAGCGGGCUCUAUGUCAGUGGGGUCCAUGCAUUAAACAUGGAGAGGCUGAGAGGAGAACAUGUUGGAAUACCAAUAAGUUUGCCACAGAAACUCUGCCAGACCAUGUUGCUGUAUAAGGCUCCCAAAAGCAUGAUGGGAAGUGUAAAGUGGCUAAAAGAGAAAAUUGCCAUCCUGAGCAUGUACUGUUAAAGUCACUUGAGACAUGUUGUAAUUCUACUCUUUGUGUUGUAUUUAGAUGAGAAUGAAAGACAGUAUAAAGAGAUGCUGGAACAAGAUAGAUUAUGUAGAUUCGGUCUCGACAGAGAAUGAAGACUUAUUGGCAGAAUCUGCUUUAUUUCUGUUUUAGGAUGCAUGUUCGAUUUUAGGGGGUGAAAGGUCAUGGGGAACUGUGUAUUCCUGGUGACUGCCUCCAAAAAAGAACUGGAGCAGGCCAGGGUUAUGCCUCUAGUGGAACCCAGGGCAAACAUCUCCAAUACUGGCCAGAAUUCCCCCCUAAUCCUGUUCCCCAUAUUUAUAAGUUGAUUAAACGUCCAUUUAUUUAAGAAUCUGCACCAUAUUAGCAUAAAAUCAAUAGAAAACUGAUUAAAACUUGUGAAAAUGCAAAGAAGCUUUUCACACAAUGAGUACAGCAGAGGAAAAGUUGCCAACAAUGACAUGAUGAACGUAUAAUCAAUUGGUGAUCACCCAGAUCAUUUAUCAUUUAUGAAUUAAAUUUGUAAUAAAAUUUGAUUUUCAUGAAUUAAAAGUAGAUUUUGACACAUAUACAUAUACAUAUACAACACUUCAAGAUUCUGUAAAAAUGCACUUAAAGUUAUUAAAGUCUCUUUUAAAGCUCUAAGAACAGAAUAAAAUGUCACCAUCAGAUUACUCAUGCAGCAUAAUGUAAUCUGUAAUAUGACAAUGAGGAAAAUAUUUGUGUGGACAAAGCUUUGGAAAUGUCAUUGUUACCCAAUUCUUUAAGUUAUGAUGCAAUUUCAUUCACAAUACAUAGAUAAAGCAGGAUCAACAGGUAAUAAAAUACUUUGAUUUGUUUAUGUAGUAUGACCACAAAAAUCUGUUAUUUUACCACUACCUAAUUAGGUUUUAUUAGGCUAAGAGUACAUUUGGUAUCCCUUCAUGAAUUAUUGGCUUGCUAUUCUCACUUUUGUCCAGCAGAGGGUGAUGUUCGUGCAAAAUUACCAUUUGAAUGUGACCACAUGGCUGAAUCUCACCACGUGUAUUCACAUGCAUUGUGAUUCAGUGUUGAUCAAUGCUGGGACUUUCCCAAGGUGUGCCAUGCCAAGGAAAUACAAAGAAGUUAUUGGCUUACUUCAAGUGAAAUGAUCACUUUCACCUGACAUCUGUACUGCAAGUACACCGAAUCACUGAACCAACAGAAAACACAAGCACUGCAGGAAUGUAAAUGUGAGAAGGAAGAAGGAAGGAGGAGAGAAAAAACAUGAAUGCUCCUAUGUCAGCCCGUCCCACUCCUAUUCAGUACAAAUGCAGCAGUGCAGAGCUGAGCCUGCAUUCCACCGCUGCUGACGACUGAUCUGACCCCACACAAACACACACACACACACACAAAGGCGCACUUACAUGCUCUCACGUCACACACACACACACACUCCUACCGCACUCACAGAGGCACUGAAACUCAUACUGGAGAUGCUACCGGCUGCCGACCACUGACAACCUUCAGAGCUCAUUUGAUCCGGACAUACGUGCACCUUCACCUCAAGAGAGCCUGACACACUUAAACUGCACCGAGGAAGAGAAGAGCACUUGACAAAGGACACUACAGUGACCUCUAGCAGUUCACGCUAUACCUGAUCCCAGACUCCUUUAAAGAAAAGGGAACCCGACUCUGACAGGAGCAGGAAAAGGAGCAAUCGUACCCCACCGCUGAAACACGAGAGACGCACAGAGGGGCAGACGGACAUCUCUAAUACCCGAGGAACAGAGGCAGGAUGCUGGCAAAAAUCCUAGAGGACAUGUGGGUAGAGCCGGAGGUGCUGGAGGCCCUCAGUGAGGAGCAGAAGAGGAUCCUGUUCCUCAAGAUGAGAGAGGAGCAGGUACGGCGGUGGAGAGAGAGGGAAGAGAGGGAGGAGAAGGAAGGACAGAUCAACAACAACACCAGGCCAAAGAAAGCUUCUACUAAACACGUGAGAUGGCUGCUCGGUCGGGACGGAGACGUGAGCGUCAUCGUGAUUGGAGAAGUGGACGAGUUCCGGUCCUCCAAACUCCUUCAGGGUCUCAUCAACAACAGACUCCUCAGUGAUAAUAUGAAUGGCAUCCAGACAGCGGACUUGCUGCCAGGAAGAGAGGCCCAGCAGCUCGGCUUUAAAGAAGACAUUCAGCUGCCCCUCACAGAUGUUAGUGAUGACCGAGCCUCACCGAACGCUCAGCUGUCUGAGGACGAGAUGGACUCCUGCGGCGCCGACGACGACCUGAAGGACCCCGCUGAGGACAGCGACAGUGAGUCAGGCGGAAGCUCUGACAACCUCAGCGACUGGGCUCCUCUCUACAGGCCACAUUUUAGUAGCCAUGGCAACCAGCCGCCACUCAAGGCCCAGCUGUCAGACGCAGAGAGGGACGACCCACAGGACAGAGAUAUCGUGUGCCUUGAAGAGCAGAAGUCACAAUAUGGCGGUCGCGUGGCGCAGCUCAAGAAAGCUUUCGCGGACGAUCCUCACAGCACACGACCUGCCUACACCAAGCCUCCCAUACCUGCCAAGCCUGCUCAUCUACAGGGAAGAAGCACAUCUUUGAUCCAUUAGGACUUAAGGCGUAUCCAGCGUGCUUUGAAACAACACGGUGACCCCAGAGAGCCAGAGCUUACUGUACUGAGUGUAACAAGCCCUGCACAGAAAAUAAUGACUCCGUUACACACAGUUGAUCCAGGCCGAGGCCACGUACAGUUCCUUAACAGGAUCCUUACUUUAACCUGGGCGGUGAACUGAAAUAUACUUUGUUAGGCGUCAAUUUCGAGGACGGACCGACAGACAGAGAAACGUCUGGGGGUGGAGUGAGUGAAAGACUUGAAAGCUUUUGAACUGAAGUCAACCUGAAUGAUAAAACGUAGCAGCUUUGAUGUCGCUGAGUUCAAAUAACGCUCACGCAGUUUCUGUGAUUGACAGGCAGACACAGAGAGAUGUCCAGAGAGACGCUCACAGAGACGACUGACUACAGAUGAAAAAGCACCUGUAUGGCGGUUUACUUGUUAAAUAAGUGUUAAUAAUGUAUUAUUAUUAUUAUUAAGAUGUCAUAAGCAGAGGUUUUUGGAAACUAAAAAAACAUUUAUAUGAUAAACUCACUUCAAAACUAUUGUGUACUGAUCAAAAAGUGCAUGUAAUGUGUCUUUGUACUGCUUUAACUCCACUGACUUCCAGCAGAUAGCAUUAACACUAUCUUCAUCCAGCAUUGGUGCAAGGGUUUUUUUAUGUUAAGUAAAAGGACUGAAGUCA